AUGGCUCCCAAUAAUCUCCAUCAAUAUAUUAUUAAUGUGGUUGUUAUCGUUUCUUUGUCAAUAUUUUUGAAUCCAACAUACGGUGAUGAUGGGUUGAGUCCUGACUACUAUAAGGGAGUGUGCCCUCAAGCAUUGCCAACCGUACGAGCAGUUGUGAAGCAAGCAAUCCAUAGUGAACCUCGAAAUGGAGCAUCUUUGUUGCGUUUGCAUUUCCAUGACUGCUUCGUUAAUGGGUGUGACGGAUCGAUUCUACUAGAUGACACUCCGGAGAUGAAGGGAGAAAAGACAGCAACCCCAAAUAACAAUUCACUUCGAGCAUUUGAUGUUGUUGAUGAAAUCAAAGCAGCUGUCGACAAAGCUUGCAAUGGCCCUCUUGUCUCCUGUGCAGAUAUACUUGCUCUUGCUGCUCGUGAUUCUGUAUUCAUUAUGGGAGGUAAACAAUACUACUACAAAGUGUUGCUAGGCAGAAGAGAUGCAACAUCUGCAAGCAUAGAGGAUGCAAACAACCACCUUCCGUUGGCGAACGCCGACUUCUCAGAUCUUCUCGGCCGAUUCUUCCAGCCAAAUGGGCUGAACCUCAAAGACAUGGUGGUCCUUUCCGGCGCACACACAAUUGGAUUCGCAAAAUGUGAUUCUUUCAAAGCAAGGCUCUACAAUGACACCAACAUAGACUCAAAUUUCGCAACAUCAUUGAAGCAAUCUUGUCCUCCCAGUGGUGGUUCAAAUUUGACAGCUUUAGAUGUUAGUACUGCAAGUUUUGACAACAACUAUUACAGUGAUUUGUUGCAGAACAAGGGAGUUCUUCAUUCUGAUCAAGAGCUCUAUAAGGGUGAUGGUUGUGAGAGUGAUCAGUUGGUGAAGCUUUAUAAUAGUAACCCUAAUGCUUUUGCUAAGGAUUUUGCAACUUCCAUGGUUAAGAUGGGUAAGAUUAAGCCUUUACUUGGAAAUCAAGGAGAAAUUAGAUCUAGUUGCAGGAAAACCAAUCGUGGUGGAUAUUACUAG